AUGUAUGCGUCGAAGAUCCUCGUUCUCCGACGUACUCUGUAUAAAAUAUCUUCUCGUGUGUCCUCUUCAUCUUCUCAUAUAUUUCCGAAUGAAGACCUACUGUUUACUGUUAAAUCAACGAACGAUCACAUCCGUUCAGCUUUGUAUCCAUUGAAUGCUGCUGAUUAUCCCAAACAAGUUCUGCCUGACUUACAUUUAAUCAAAAUCUUUCGUGAUAUCGAAUUAUUGAAGGAAAAUUGUGAACAAAGAAAUUUAAUGGUAGAUAUUAAUCAAUUAGCAUCGGAUUAUCAACGAUGGGCACAAGACAAGAAAGAAUAUCGCCGUUUACGUGAUCUUCAUCAUGUUCAAGAAAGAUUACGUGAACAACGACAGACGAAUGAUUUAACCAUGACUGAUGUCAAUGAAACAAUUACAAGUAAAACUAAAAAACGAAAGAAAAGUAAGAAACCGAAUGAAAUAUCUGAGAACAAAACGACAGAAACAACCAGAAAAGCCGAAGAAAUACAACAUGCUUCAGAAAUGAUUUCAAGUGUUGAUAAUGCUUGGAUUGAUUCAGUAGCACAUCCGAGUAAACUAUCAAAUGAUUCUCCUUAUGCUCGUGGUGAAGCAAUCAUGAACGACAAUGAAUUCAAUGCUCUGACAAAUCAUUUCGAGCAAUUCCGCGAACGAUUUCGUGUGUUCGAUCAACGUUUUCUAGUUGCUUGUCUUCAUUUGCCAGCUGCUCAACAUAUUGCUGUGCCAGCUAAACCGUCAUCUGGCAUCACUAUUUAUGAAUCGUCUAUUCCUUUCGUUAAACAUGCGUUCAAUUCUAAAACAUGGAAUGAACUAUGUCAUGUUGAAAAGAAUGAUAAUUCCAUUUUCGGAUCCUAUUGGCUUGGAGUAGUACCGUAUCGGAAAUACGAAUUUAUUCGAUUUAUUUGCUCCGAACUGACUAAAUUAGGCUUUCAAGAGAUGGCUUCUGUCAGUAUCACGAAACCAUUUAUACAGGAAGCACUAGGUGCAAAUAUCAAUGAAAGUCGACAUGUAUUAACUACAUUUGAAAGUCCUGAUGAUCCACGUUCGCGUUCAUUAAUUUCAUCGGGCUUAGGUUCGGUAGCAUCAAUACUUGUCCCAUUCGUUCGUCGAACUAUUUUACAAUCAGAUUUACCCUAUUACGUCUUUACUCAAGGUUCAACUUACGAUGCGAACCAAGAACAAACGCAUAAAAUCCAAUUAUUAGCAAUGACGAAUAUGCGAGACAUUCAUUUGAAGAAUUUCGAUGAUCCUCUCAUUGACGAGUCGGUCAGUGAUUUGGAACCGACACCAACGAAUGUGUCCAUCGAACGUGAACAUGAGUAUAAUCUACAUUUGAAAAAUAGCUUACAAGAUAAGAAACCGUAUCGAUUUAAAGACACAUCAAGUUUAGAUGAUCUCUAUGCUGAAUUAACACGUUUAAUGUAUAAUUUAUACGAAAAAUUUCGCCUGCCAUUUCGAAUACAAAAUUGUUCGUCAGAUAGAUUACGUUCAUAUGAAUCAAUGCGAUUAGAUUAUGAAUUAUAUCUUCCUAGUGCAAACGCUUAUGUGUGUGUUGGCAGUGUUUCAUUAAUUGGCGAUUAUCUGAGUCGACGUUUAAUGAUUCGACAUAAACGAGUCAAGGAGGAGAAGAAUGCCGAUGCAAAUAAAGAAAAACAUGCAAAUGUCGAUGAGUUGCCGCGUGAAACUAAAUUCAAUUACGUGCAAAUGAUCCACGUUCAAGUUGUCGAUGUUGAUAUGUUGAUGAAAUGCUAUGUCGAAAAAGAACAACGAAGCUUUUCCGAAAAAACACGCCGAGUACUGAACUAA